GGGACUGCUGUGUCCCUACGCUCGUCGUCCUUGGGAGGACGUAAGGCGAAACUAAAUAUCACGGACAAGAUGACGCCCGCGACCUUGGAAUGGUCCGACGGGUCCGAUCGGACGGCCGAUUUGCGGAGACGCCUUGGUGCAAUGGGGAUUAUAUUCUCCAUCUCCCUCUUCGCCGUGUCCUUCCCGACGCUGUCCAAGAAGGUAUCCUUCCUCCGAAUACCGAAGGUGGUGUUCUUCAUCGGAAAGCACUUCGGGACCGGCGUCAUUCUCUCGACCGCGUUUGUACAUAUGCUGCAGGACGCGUUCGAGGUGCUCCUUGAUCCGGAGACGAAGAAAGUCAGCGACAUCGGGGAUUGGGUUGGGAUUAUCGUCCUCGCAUCUUUGAUAUCGAUAUUCCUCGUUGAAUACAUAUCGACAUCGUAUGUAGACCAAAUGAACGCCGACGACCCCGAUCCCGAGUACGGCCACGACCACCUCGAUCAUGCGCACGCUCACUCUCGCUCCCACUCUCACUCCCACCCGCAUUCGAGAAACCGCUCCAAGGAUGCCGACCGCGUCGACGGCACCGUGCCCUCGGAGCGCGCACCCCUGCUUCCCCUCACGACCCAGUCCUCCCACAACGCGAACACGCUCCCGCAGUACGACGGCCGCAGCGCGCGCCGGCAGCUGUCCUACUCGCACUACCACCCCGCAGACUCCGCACCCGCACUCCCACCCGCGGCGCCGGGCCCGGAGCCGUACGCCUACCACGUCCUGGAGGGGCACCACCGGCACGAGAGCCGCGAAGAGCAUGCCUUACAUCACGGUCGGAUGCCGCGCACGCGCACGCAAAACUCGUCGGUCGUCACCGCCUACACCGGCCCGGGCGCGUUCACCGUCGACCUCGGAGCCGUCCCCGAAGCCGACGCCCACUCGCAUUCGCACGCGCACACGCAUGCACGCCCGUCGCUGGACUCGGCCCUGGCGGGCACGAUCAGGACCGCCAAGGGCGCCAAGGACAGGCGACCCGUGAGUUAUGGCCCGGAGGAGUUUGGUCAGGGGCAUAUCGUCGGCGUCGGGCAUGUGCAUCGGCACGGCGAGGGCGUCGGGCACCACGCGCACGGACUGGAGGAGACAGAGGAGGAGGAGGACGAGCAGGAUAGGCCACUGGACGAGCUGGACUGUGACCAUGCGAGGGAGCACGAGCACGAACACGAACACGCACACGAAGGCGACGACCACCCGAUAUCGCCGGCGCAAGCCGCUGCAAUCCGCAAGCGACAGGUCGUCAGCAUCUUGGUCUUGCAAUUAGGCAUCAUGAUGCACUCGUCGAUCAUCGGCGUUACGCUCUCUAUCACCUCCGGGCCCGAGUUCGCGUCGCUGCUCAUCGCCGUAGCGUUCCACCAGCUUUUCGAGGGGCUCUCGCUCGGCAUUCGCAUCGCUUCCCUGCCAUCGCCCGCGCGAGCGUCGUUCGAAAAGGCGGGCCGGGACAGGCUUGGAAGGCUACUGAAGCCUACGCUGGCUGUCCUUUUCGCUAUCACGGUGCCAGUCGGCGUGGGCAGCGGGCUCCUUGCGUUUGGGAGUGGGACCAUGGGCUCUGGAAUGAGGCUGUGGCAGGGCAUCAUGUCCGCGGUUUCGGCGGGUAUGCUGAUUUACGCUGCGUGCGUGGAGAUGCUCGCGGGCGACUUCGUGAUGGACCCCCUGCUGUGGAGAAGCGGGCUCGGGCGUCAGGCGCUCGCGCUCGCGAGCUUGCUCCUUGGUGCAGGGAUGAUGGCCGUGCUCGGUAGAUAUGACUGAGACUGAAGGUUCAUCUAUCGACUUUCAUGGAUCCAGGAACCCGCAGCGCGGCACGACCAGAGUAGUCAACCAUAUGGAGCGACGACGAUGGACUACAGGAAAAAACGUUAUUGUAUCAUGCUAAUCAC